AUUGGUUGAUACGCGUCUCUAUGAGGCCCAUAUUCCAUCGCCAUUACCGACCUCUCAAUCCCUUCAAAUCCCCCCAUUUCUCUCUUUCUCUCUCACUCCCCCACCCAAAGAAACCAAACCAUUUCUCCGUCUCUCUGAAACUUUGUGAUUCUCAAAAGAAUCUGAUUGAAAAAUCUAAAAAAAAAAAAAAAGAAGGAAGAAGAAGAGGAAAAAUGGCUCAGAAAACAGAGAAGGAAGAGACGGAAUUCAAAGUCCCUGAAACCAUACCUCUUUGUGUCAACAACUGUGGGGUCACCGGUAACCCCGCCACCAACAACAUGUGCCAGAAGUGCUUUUCUGGCACAACGACGUCGUCUUCUUCGGCUUCUUCGGCGGCUAGCAAGUCGUCGCCGAAGGUUUUUCACAGAUCUAGCUCGUCGCGAUCGGCGGAGAUGAGAAAGGAGGCGAAAACGGCGUUAUCGACGUUGGGGGCUUCGGAUCGGCCGAGAUCGGAGGUGAACCGUUGCGCCGGGUGCAGGAGGAAGGUCGGGUUGACCGGAUUCAGGUGCCGGUGCGGCGAGCUGUUCUGCUCCGAACAUCGGUACACCGACCGACACGUCUGCAGCUACGACUACAAGGCCGCCGGGCGCGAGGCAAUCGCUCGGGAGAAUCCGGUGGUGAGGGCCGCCAAAAUCGUCAGAGUUUGAUUAUUUCGUAGAAUUUCGAAAAAAAAAAAAAAUGAGGAAAAAAUCUCUAAAAAUUAGAGUCAAAGAUUGAAAAUUUCAUAGAGAUCGCGAUCUCUUUCAAGCUUCGAGAGAGAUAGAGGAAGAGAGAUUGUUGUUGUAGAAGAAGAAGAAGAAGAAGAUCAAAAAUUCUCUCUGAUUGUUCGUGUUCUUAAUCAAUCUCUAAUUAUCUUUUUUAUUUUUAAUUUUAUUUUUAUGUCUUUGCUUGAAAAUGGAAGAUUAUUGUGUCCUAUGA